GCUCACUCGCGAGAACGGAACGUUCCGAACGGAAUCGUUCUGUCACAUACUUCAUUUUUCCUCUGUUCCCCGGACGCUCUGUCUCCGCCGAGGGGUGUCUGUUCCUAUUAAUUCUACAUAGACUUUUUUAGUUGAACAUGUUUUCGCAUGGUCGCCGGCUGACACUUCAAGCAGCCAGACACAUGGGUUCAGCUGCCAAACUACAAGGGAAAGUCGCUGUGGUUACCGCCUCCACUGAUGGAAUCGGCUUCGCCAUUGCCCGCCGUCUCGCGCAGGACGGUGCAAAAGUCGUGAUUUCGUCGCGGAAGGAAGACAACGUGAACAAAGCCGUGGAGACUCUGACGAAGGAAGGCCUCACCGUGACAGGAGUACCGUGUCAUGUCGGCGACGCCGAUCAGCGCAAGAACCUCCUCAAGACAGCUGUUGACAAGUUCGGUGGUCUCGACAUCCUCGUUAGCAAUGCGGCCGUGAACCCGUCCGCUACCCAAGUACUAGACACUCCGGAGAAAGCUUGGGACAAGAUUUUCGAAAUCAACGUCAAAAGCGCGUUCAUGUUGACGCAGGAGGCUGUGCCGCUCCUCGAGAAACGGGGACAGGGAAACAUAGUCUACAUUUCUUCGAUCGCUGCCUACCAGGCGAUGCCGCUCCUCGGUGCGUACUCCGUGUCCAAAACUGCUCUCUUGGGACUGACGCGAGCGGCAGCCCUGCAACUGGCGGCUUCGAAGAUUCGCGUAAAUUGCGUAGCACCCGGAAUCAUCAAGACCAAGUUCAGCCAGCUUCUCUGGGAGGAUGAUGGGGUCAAUGACGCGAUUCUGCAAACGACCCCUCUGGGAAGGCUCGGAGCUCCAGAGGACAUUGCGGGGGCUGUGUCGUUUCUAGUCUCGGACGACGCCGCCUACGUCACUGGCGAAACCUUGCCCGUCGCUGGUGGAUACUUCUGCAAGUUGUAAUGGACUCCAUGCUCACUUCCUUUUGAAGCUCAGCUGUUCCGAGUA